UUUCACCACACAAUCGAAAGUGUGCACAUCCACUCUUCACCUUACAUUCAUCCCACUAUGAGCAUGUCUAAUACCUCAUUCCAAGAACAAGAAGCUGUUACUGAUAUUGUAAGUGUUCAGACGCGAACAAUAAUUUUUUGUAUCAGUGCUUUCUUGGUGAAAUAUGCCAGGAUCAUAAUAAGUAACGAGAACGAAAGAAAGAUGUGUUUAUUAUGAUCCUGGGUAAAAAUCUUAGCUAUAGUAAAAACCCAUAUAAAUGACUGCUAAUCGCAACAUAACUCCUCCAGACGAGCGUCCAGGUAAGAGCGAGUGCUUACAAAGCUUGGAAGGAAACUAUAUAAAAUCUUCCUAUUAGG